CACUCCGGCCGCCGCGUCAUGUCGUGGGUCAUCUUCACCAUUGCCUCUUCGCUGGUGGUGUACGUGGUGGAGUUUGUCCUCGACCGCCGACAGUCACAAGCACUGCAGGAGAAGACGGUUCCACGGGCUCUUGCCCAUCGCCUGACGCCUGAGGCUACUCGCGCCUACAGGCUCACUCGAUGUCGCAGGUCUCGUUCAAUAGAGUCGAGGCCACCGUCGGCUUUGCCCUCGAGGUCGCUGUCAUCGCCUCGGGCGCUUUGGUCUACCUCUGGGACCUCGCACUCGCCGUCCAUCUGGCCGGCCUCUUGGCUUUCGGCGCAGAUGCCGCAGCUGUCGACGGUGCUCGCCACUCCAAGACCCGGGGAGUCAUCUUUAUUUUGAUCGUCUCACUCGUCUCGGCCGUCGUCAAGCUCCCGUUCCAGGUCUUCUCCGUGAUCGGGAGCAGGCAGGCCGAUGGCGCUCGGAGUGGGCUGCGAGCCCUGUGUGCGUGGGCUGUUGCGCAAGGCAUGGUUUUUGUUCUCUCUGUCGGCGCAGGCGUACCCAUCAUCUACACCCUUCUAUGGAUUCUCGAGUACCACGGAUCAGGCUACUGGCUGCUCAAUUGGUUCUUCCUCGCCCUACUCUCGGUCACCAUCUCGGACCUCUACUCGACGGUCGUGGCUCCGUUUUUCGACACCUACGAGUCGCUUCCACCAGGCUCGCUCCGCACCGAGCUCGAGCUCCUCACCGAGCGGUCGCACUGCCCAGUCUCGGAAAUCUACAUCCGCAAGUCGAAGGACGAGGUCGGCGGCACCCAUUCGAACGCGUUUUUCAUGGGCGUCGGCACCUCGCGCUCGAUCGUGCUCUACGACACGCUCCUCAAGCGCAUGUCCGAGCAGGACGUUCUGGCCAUUAUUGCCCACGAGAUUGCCCAUGUCAAGGCCAACCACUUUUGGAAGCAGGUUGUGCUCGAGUUUGCCACCAUCGGCGUGUUCUUUGGCUCCUUUGCCGCCCUGGUCGAGAACACCGGCUACUACCAGGCCUUUGGCUUUUCGACCACCAACCCGGCCAUCGGCCUCGUCCUCUUCUCGUACAUGUACACCCCGAUUGCUUCAAUGCUGCAGACGCUGCAGCACGUGGCGACGCGGUCGUUUGAGUUUGCUGCCGAUCGCUACGCCGCCAAGCUCGGCUACGACCUCGAGCUGCCGCUCAUCAAGCUUCAUCUCGUCAACAUGGUCAACAUCCAUGCCGACAAGCUUUUCUCACUCUACCACUACUCACAUCCUUCGCUCUGUGAGCGCCUCGACGCGCUGGCUACGAUCAAAGCCAAGAUGAGCUGAGUUGUUCAUUUUGGCGCGUCAGAGAAUCUCGCUGGACGCCGAGUGCGCGAGGACCACUACCUCGGUGUCCUGCGGCGUCGACGCGCUGCCGUCGCGAACGACGGUGGCCACGUCUGCAUUGCAGAAGAAGCACCGGUGAACGUUGAGGAGCUGCCGCGUCAUGCAUCCGUAGCACGCCCGGUGCUUGCACGGUUCAAACGUGGCGUUGAUGAGCGAGGCGUAGCAGAUGGUGCACACGUCGCCUGACGGCGACCGCGAGACAGACGCUCCGGCCAGGAGCUGGCUCCGCGACCCAGCCGCCGCCGUCACCCGUGAGGUAAGAUCGGCCAGUGCAUCGACAUCCGGCGCAGCUGCAAGCGCGUCGGUCACAAACUCGAGCGAGCCGACCUCAAACGAGGCCGAGAGCAAAAGUGCGUCCACAACGCCGCGCGUGUUGCCAGCCGCCACCAUCGGGCGGUCGAGCGCAACGAGGAUGCCCGCCACCGCCUUGAGCAUGUCCGUCUGCGGCAUGAUCGGCUCGGCGCCCGGCCGUUCAAGUUGCAUCUGCACGUCGGCGAACAGCCGCGCGUCUGGCCCAGUUGUGUACUGGGCGAGAACCACGGCCACGACUUCGAUCAUCCGCAUCAUGUUGACUUCGGGCGGCGCGAGGCCCGCCGGCGGCGCGACUUCGCCGCAUGCCUCCUCCGCAAACAGCUGCGGCAGGUACGAUGCUGUAAACUCGAGGACUCGGAGCAA